UGAAAGCUAAUGAAAUAACUCCCCAACUUGGUGUAUGGGGAGACAAAGACUGCGGCUGAUCAGCUGACCUUGGUUUUCAUUGGAUUUUAAUCCAGCAUUCUCGCUUUGAAUCAUGCUUUGACUAUUUUGUAAAUAGUUUUGGCACCAUUCUUUUACAGCUUGGUAUAAAUUCCACCUCUCGGCCCCAGCCCUUCACUGGCUCAAGCGGGUACUGGUAUAACUGGCAGUGGACAACCCAGCUUAUGAUGGCUUCUGAGCACCAAAUGCCAGCCUCCAAGCAGCAGCAAGCCAGCUCCAAGAUUGCCAUCUUUGAGCAGGAGAACUUCCAGGGCCGCUGCCAUGAGCUCAGCAGUGCCUGCUCCAACCUGAAGGAAGCCGGCGUGGACAAAGUGGGCUCCAUCCUUGUACACUCCGGACCCUGGGUGGGCUACGAGCAGGCAAGCUGCAAAGGGGAGCAGUUUGUGUUUGAGAAGGGUGAGUACCCCCGCUGGGACUCCUGGACCAACAGCCGGAGAAGCGACAGCAUCACUUCCCUGAGACCCAUCAAAGUGGACAGCCAGGAGCACAAGAUCGUGCUGUAUGAAAACCCCAGCUUCACCGGCAAGAAGAUUGAAAUCAUAGAUGACGACGUGCCCAGCUUCCACGCGCAUGGCUAUCAGGAAAAAGUCUCGUCCGUGCGGGUGCAGAGCGGCACGUGGGUGGGCUACCAGUAUCCCGGCUACAGGGGCUACCAGUACCUGUUUGAAAAGGGGGACUACAAGGACAGCUCAGAUUUCGGUGCUCAACACCCCCAGAUCCAGUCGGUCAGGCGCAUCCGGGACAUGCAGUGGCACCAACGCGGCGCCUACCACCCCACCAACUAGAGUCCCUGGCCCACGCCGGGGUGCGGGGAGUGGAGCAAGCUUUGCCUUGGCUGCCGCUGUCCCCCCCACGGCCUCGUCUCCUGCAUCCCUCCAUGUGAUGCACGCCACUGCCAA